AGACAUUUCGGAAGUUCAUUCAACCGAAGAGUUGCCCAUCCGCAGACUGUAUGAUGGUUUGGCACACAAACUGCGUGGUAGGCGUCCUAUGAACCACAGAACUUGGCACAGGAAGACCACAUCGAGAACGAACAUCCCCGGGGACUUCAGUUUCCAAGGAACGACAAAAAGUUGGCAAAAACACGAAGAAUCUCGCAUCUGGAAUAAUAACAGCGACGAUAUUCUGUUUCAAGUCAAGUCCGCAGAGGACAGCCUGUUUUCGACAGAUGUGGGGCCCGCGAGCGACAGCGCAUGCGCGAUCCCUGACCUGAAGGCCCCGGAUGACCUGUGCUGGAGGAACGUGACGUGGAGAUGUAACAUGAGCUCCACAUUCUCUAAACUCAUCAACAGGACAAUCCACGUGAACUGUCCGGGAACUUUCCGAGUUAACUUUCUGGAGAGACGAGAGCACGAGGCCCCCCUCCCCAGCGGGCAGUACGUGGAGUAUCCCCAGUGGAAGUACUACGAAGGGCCCACUUCCGUGACCAUGGAAACAAGCUAUGCAGAUGUCGUCUGCAAGGAUGAAAACGGAAAAGACCAACACAACUACCACACACAGUUCCUACAGGAUGACGACAUAAACGAGUCUCAGAGACAGAAGUUUCUGGAGACGAAGACGAAGGAACCGUCAUGGAAGCCACUGUCUGUGCUGUCCAUUAGCCUAGACUCCGUGUCACGUGCUCACUUCCACCGGCCGUGCGGGCUCCCAAAAACAUCCGCCUUCCUCAGGAAACUUUACUAUGGUGCAACCGAAGAUCAAAAUGGCGGAUCACUCUCCCAUCAUGCAUUUCUCUUCAACCGCCUGAACGCCAUUUCCGGUUCGACAGUGAUGAACCUGACCCCGCUGUACGCAGGUCAGCUGUACGACGAGGUGGACGAGGAGAAGGUCAGGAACAGAGUGUUUGCCAAGACGGUGAAUGAGUGGAUCUGGGAGUACGCCGGGAAGCGUGGUUACGUCACCAGCUAUGGCGUCGACAAUGGCGGCGGUCUGAUGGGAACGAGAACACCAUGUAUGGACUGCCACUACAGACCUCCGGUUUUACCACACCAAGAGCACGGCUGGAUCAAACGGGAAAAUGAGGAGGUCAGCCCAAACGUUCUGUCGGGGUUUUGCGAGGGAAACCACAUGUUACACGAGUACAUCAUGAACUACACACGUGACUUCCUGCGCAUGCCCCAUCCGGCCAAGUGGGCGGCGUUCGAUCUGAACGCUCACCACGGCUACUCCGCCGAGUCUGUCAAUCAACUGGACGACCGCAUGGUGGCGCUUCUACAUGGUGCCCUUAGUGAGGACCCCAACCUCGUAGUGUUCUUGUUUGGUGACCACGGGAAGUCCUACCAUCGCUUCGCCUCACACCUGGGCGGGCACUACGAGACCCUCCUGCCCUUCCUGUCAAUCAUCCUACCAACAUGGCUGCUCAGAGACAGGCCCGCCAUCUUGAAAAAUCUCGCCGCCAACCAGAGAAAAUACAUUGUUCAUCUGGAUCUACACAAGACUAUGAAGUCCCUACUCCACUACCCGCGGCUGGACAGUACAGAGGGACACACGGCAGAUACUGCUAUCAACUUAUUAACAGAGACUGUGCCAAAAAACCGGACGUGUGAGGAAGCAGGGCUGCCUGCAUGGACUUGCGCAUGCGGUCUGAUGAAGCAAUUAGAAGAAACAGAGUGGUCAGCAAGACAUACAGAAAUGGCCAAGUUCUCCCUACAUUAUCUUAACAACAUGCACAGACCAGAAACACUCUCCAGAAUACGAAGGCUCAACAGACUAGCCACGGCACAGAAGACGUCCUGUAUGGACCUGACCUUUGACCGGAUCCUCCAUGUUUUUGAGACGAGGAAUCCUGGUUCGUCGGCAGGCAUGAGAAGAUACCAGAUCACCUUCACAGCCCUGGAGGGGCCGUCAUUAUGGGAACUGGUGAUAGACGACGCUUUUCAUAUACAACAGAUCAAGCAACUUAGUCUGUACCGGAAGUACGAAGAAUGCUGGGAUAGAAGAGUGAUCUUGCAGUACUGUGUAUGUAAACACUUCGGAGUAGGAGAGCCAUAAAAGCUGCAUAUUACUUUGACAUAUUGUCAGCCACAUUUGCCGGCAACUGUGAUCGCACAAUAUUCAUAUUCCAAUAUUAAUAUUCAGUCGUUCUUUCUGUAAUCUUGUCUCCAGGUCACUGAUCUUGCUAGUUAA